AUGGCAACCAUCAACAGGAGCACCACCACGGCUGAGGCGUACACUGUUAACUACACAUAUUUUAAGAAUACUGCUGCUACUGUAACACAAGACAACGUGCUGGUCGGCGUUUAUUGCAGUAUUGCAAUCAUUGGCAUUCUAGGUAACGGUAUGGUCUGUUUGAUAUUCAGUCGAAAACGGAAGAAAUUCCACUCUCUGACUCACCUGUUCAUACUACACCAAUCUACUAUCGAUCUUAUCAGUUCAUCCACUUUCCUGUUAGUCCAAAUUCCAAGCUUGAACACGCCGAGCUCACCGAGUGGGAUUACAGGAGAACUCUAUUGUAUGCUGUGGUACUCGCGCACGUUGUUAUGGUGUUUCAUGUCUUCAUCCACUGCCAACUUGGUUGCCUUGACGAUUGAGCGAUGGUUGGGCGUCGCUUACCCCAUAUGGCAUCGCAAUAAAUUCACGUUUAUCAAAGCUGUUGUGGUUAUGAUUUUAACCUGGGUGUAUGGGGCUGUGGUACAGCUGACGUACGGGAUCGGAGCAUACAGCAGUUGCGAAGGACAGUGCGUCUCCCUAUUUCCGAGCACCGCGUAUCGAAUAUUUAUCGGAAUUGAAUUCUUCACCUUGUUGUACGCCCUACCGAUUGCCGUCAUGACCACGUGUUACAUUAAAAUAUGGUCGGUUUUUCGGAUGCAAAUUCAGCCUGGUACAACGGACGACAACAAAAGCGAGAAGUUCAACAGAGUGGCGAGAAUUCGAAAAAAUAUAAUCAAAACUCUGCUGAUUGUAGUUAUCACGUUCAUCAUUUGUUGGACUCCCAAUACCUUGUACAUGAGCGUGUUUCAUCUCAUCUUCGGUUACGAUGCCAACUUUAAUGGAUAUCUUUAUAAAUUCACAGCAGUAUUAACAUUCUGUAAUAUGUGUAUUAAUCCUUUUGUUUACGCCGCAAAGUACGAGGAAUUUCAGAAAGAAUUGACCAUUUUAUUUUGUAGCAGGAGAAGAGGUACCAUCCGUGCUGAUGAAACUAACUCUGCGUCAAUCUCAAACGGGAAUUUGAGCAAGAAUCAACGCAGCACCUAA